CCAGAACUAAAACCUUAUCUAGCUAGUCAAGAACUUAAGAUAUGUCUGGUGUCUGGGUUUUCAAUCAGAACGGUGUGGUUCGACUAGUGGAGAGCCCCGGAGGUGAUUCCUGUCAAGGUUCGGCUCGACGUAAGGUCUUGGUCCAUGUACCAACGAACGAAGUGGUGACUUCCUAUGAUAGGCUGGAAAGAAUCUUGUCAUCACUAGGAUGGGAAAGGUACUAUGAUGAUCCUGAUUUGUUGCAGUUUCACAAAAGAUCCACUGUGCAUCUCAUUUCACUGCCUAAAAACUUUAACAAGCUCAAAUCGAUGCAUAUGUUUGAUAUAGUCGUCAAGAACCGCAACAUGUUUGAAGUAAGAGACAUGUAGCUAGUACCUUAGUUAACUAGCCAUGGCCAUAUAUCCAGUUAUGGUUGGCUAGGUCUUUCCGUUUGGAUUAUAGCAAGAUUCUACGUAUGACGUGGUUUCUGGGUUAAUUAGUCGUUCGUUUCCUAUUCGGUAUGAGUGAUGUAUGUGCCAUUUUUUUUUGUCCAAGUUUGGUUAUGUGUUGUCACAAAGUUCGAGUGC